AUGCCGGUGAAGCGCAGCGAGCGCGGAGGGAACGCGUCCAGCGACGCGUCUGACCCCCGUUCCCGACGCAGCACCCGUUCUGUCCACCACGAGGGAAUUGCUGCAGAAGGAGACAAUGAAGUCGGAUCACUUCCAGGGACAACCAAGGGCCUAGCGCAGCAGAUUCUGCAUUACCUUAAACCGGUCCUACGAGCGAACACCGAGCUUCGGGUUGCAAACGCCGAACUUGGGGAGGAAUGCAAACGCAUGUCAGCAGCAUACAAGAACGUGGAGGCCAUCGCGGCCGAAGCAGCGUUAUAUCGCAAGGAACUGGAUGAAUCGCGGAAAGAGGUCCAUGAGCUCCACAAGGAGGUCGCCAACCUGAAAGAACUAAUCCAGUCGGUGUCAGUGAGGCCACCCACCACGUCGCCUAGUACUCAGGUCAGCAGCCCAGGAAGAAGCUGGGCAUCCAUCGUUUCGCAAUCGUCGUUAGCAUCGUCUAACACCCGGGCGGCGCGCACUGGACUGGGCCUCCCUGCGGUGGUACUGGAUCUACGCUCUUCUAGAGAGGAUACCCAAACUCUAGUGGACGAUCUCGCGCAGACACGGGAGAGGAUCUGUACUGCACUUCAGGAUGAUACUACAACUGCGGACGUGGACAUUGUGGGGGUAAAACCUACUUCGCGGUCUACGGUGAAGAUCUUUGUCGACUCUGAGGAAAGCGUCGCGAAUCUUCGCCAGGCAACGCACUGGUUAGACUCCCUACCAGGUGCUAAGCUGCAGGGCGAACAAUGGUUCCCCAUCAAGUUGAACGAUGUCAAGAAGGAAAGUGUCUUUGAAGCGUCUGGGGCGCAACGGGAGGAUUUCGCAAGAAGCUUCCAAGACGAGAACGAUGUCGCAGAGGUUAAAAAGAUCAUUUGGCUAAGCGGAAAGAAACGAUACGGAUCUAUGGCUAUAUAUCUGUGCCGACAAGCGGACGCAGAUGCACUGCUUAGCCGUCGUAUCGCCCAUGUACGUGGGGAAGCUGCGUUCUCGGAUAGAUUCUAUGAGCGACAGCGACCCCUGCGCUGCCGCAAAUGUCAACAGUAUAAUCAUAAGGAAGACCGGUGCCCAAACCCUGAAGCCUGCGGCAAAUGUGCGGGCCACCACCGCAUCGAGCAAUGCACAUCUGAUAUCACUAAAUGUGCCGCCUGCCAGGGCAACCAUGCCGUCAGCGACCGCAAUUGCCCGAAAUGGGAUGAAGCGUGGAAAGUGAUCCGUCGACGAGAGCAGGAGAUGCUAGCCAGACGAGCAGAGUCUCGACACAAUGCGGCAUUCGCUAGUCGGAGGGCUGAGGCCGCACCGGAGCAUGAUCUGGGCGAACAAAAGGACAUUCCCGCACAGACAGAUCGACGUUGCCUCAGCCGACAUUGUCGCCGUAGUGCUAUUUACGCCCUCGCCAACUCUAACAGUAUCAGGCUGGAUGCAAUCCGGGAAGCCUAUCAUCGAGUCCAGAGCGAGUACGGGGACAACAUUGACAUUCUCAUUGUGGGAGACUUUAACCGCCACGACCAGCUCUGGGGAGGAAACCAAGUGGCCACGCGGAACCGCCAGGGUGAAGCGGAACCAAUUGUGCUCCUCAUGGCGGACUGGGGCUUAACAAGCUUACUGCCCCGAGGGAUCUUUACCCGGGAGGAAGGCCCAUAUCGGUCGACCAUCGAUCUUGUCCUUGCGUCAACGGACCUGAGCAGGCGGGUCGCGCGGUGUCGCAUCCACCCUGUUGAACAUGGGUCAGACCACCGUGCAAUUGAAACAACCUUCCAGAGCGAAGCACAACCAACGCCUCCCCCGACAACCCGCUUCUCAUUCCGCGAAGCUCCAUGGGCCGACAUCAACAGGGAGUUAAGAGACCUAGAGACGGAGAUCACAGAUAUCACCGACCGCUCGGAACUAGACGCGACUGCAGGGCACUUGACUCGCAGGUUUGUAGAUGCCUGCGGCGUAGGUGCUCUCAUCAUAGGCGUAGGCGAAGCCUUAUUUUAUGUCGCAGUUUGGUUCAUUACGUAUGAAGGGACGGUUAUGUUUAUCCGUAUGUUUACUUAG